UCGUCCAUUUUGUCCUAAGUCGUGGUGGGCGGAAAGUCGUCCUCUCACAGUAACAAGCCGCAUUCCGUUCUCUUUACCCUGUUCUCUGUUUUUAUUGGUAAAUUUGUUGUCUCUAUUUGACAUCGAUAAGUAUUAUUAUGGCAGACCAAGCAAUUUCAUUCCUAAAGGACUUUCUGGCAGGUGGUGUUGCAGCAGCAAUAUCGAAAACCGCAGUGGCUCCAAUAGAGAGAGUCAAAUUGUUGUUACAGGUGCAACAUGCCAGCAAACAGAUUGCAGUAGACAAACAGUACAAAGGAAUCAUUGACUGUGUAGUUCGAAUUCCCAAGGAGCAGGGCUUUCUUUCAUUCUGGCGUGGAAAUCUAGCAAAUGUCAUCAGAUACUUCCCUACACAGGCCCUAAACUUUGCCUUUAAGGACAAAUAUAAGCAGGUUUUCUUAGGAGGUGUUGACAAGCACACUCAGUUCUGGCGUUACUUCGCUGGUAACUUGGCAUCUGGCGGUGCUGCUGGAGCAACAUCUUUGUGUUUUGUAUAUCCCCUUGAUUUUGCCCGAACCCGUUUAGCAGCUGAUGUGGGCAAAGCAGGUGCAACUAGAGAAUUCAAUGGUCUAGGUGACUGCCUAGUGAAAAUUACCAGAUCUGAUGGCAUUCGAGGCUUGUACCAGGGCUUCAAUGUAUCUGUUCAGGGAAUCAUCAUCUACAGAGCAGCCUACUUUGGCAUCUAUGAUACAGCAAAAGGUAUGCUUCCAGAUCCUAAGAACACCCAUAUUGUGAUCAGCUGGAUGAUUGCACAGACGGUCACUGCAGUGGCUGGUGUUGUCUCCUAUCCCUUUGAUACUGUUCGUAGGCGUAUGAUGAUGCAGUCUGGGCGUAAAGGAGCUGAUAUUAUGUAUUCUGGAACAGUUGACUGCUGGAGGAAAAUUGCAAGGGAUGAAGGUGGCAAGGCUUUCUUUAAGGGUGCAUGGUCCAAUGUUCUCAGAGGCAUGGGGGGUGCUUUUGUGCUUGUCCUUUAUGAUGAAUUUAAGAAGUAUGUGUAAAUUUCAGAGUUUGCAUCAUUCCAGUAGAAGGUGGGAACAAUCUUAAAGAAAUUCGACCAUUUAGAAUAUAAAAUAAGGACCAUUAAUCGUGUUCAGAUUCCUUCCUGCCUGAUGUGUGCCGGGUCCAGCAAAUGUCUAGCACUUGAAAUAUAGUGUCCAAGAUAUCUUAACUUAAUGAAUCAUGUAUUUUUUCCACUUAAACAUUAUGUACUGUUUUUUUGCACAGCUGUGUGUGUAGCGGUUUUGUUUUAAAUUGGGACAUUCUCCUUAAAAAUAAAGGAAUUUAACAUGU